ACGAUCUUACCGAUGCAGCUUCAACCAAGUGCGUCAAGUUAUCAAGGAGAACGUCAAUUUCCGUGUCAAGGCGCUUGUUAAGGUCAUCUUCGGUGUAAGUACUCGGUAUAGCCAUGAUGGUUGAAAGGAGUCGUGAAGGAAUACGUACUGCCCCUCCAAGAUCUCGUCACGUGCUCGCCAUGCGAUUUGCACGUUACCACGACAAUAGGAUCUGCGAUUCUGUCUCUUGACCUGCCUUAAAAGGCGGAGAUCUUUGUCGAGGAUUUGCACCCCUCCGGACGGGUAUUUUUCUUUGUAGACGCCCGCCAAGUCUUUUCAAAGUCAAUAUCAAAGUCAUGUCCUGCAAAGUGGUAAAAGUUUCAGACGUGGCAGCUCCGUUCAUCCAAGAGCUAAAAGAUCAAAUAUCCAAGCUGGAGGUUAAGCCCUUGUUGGUAGCCUUCCUUGCAAACGACGACCCGGCAGCCAAGAAAUACGCCGAAUGGACGGAGAAGACUUGCGCGGAAACGGGCUUGCGCUUCGAGCUGAGGGAAUGCCCAAGAACCGAAUUGGAAGAUCGCAUUGUGGAAGCAAAUGAGGAUCCCAAUGUUCAUGGAAUUAUGGUGUAUUAUCCUGUAUUUGGUGGGACACAGGACGGAUACAUACAGAAUACUGUCAGCUACCGAAAAGACGUAGAGGGUCUCUGCCAUAAGUAUCGAUACAAUAUGUACCACAAUAUUCGAUAUCUAGACCAGCAAGAAACCCAGAAAUGUAUCAUCCCGUGUACACCCCUUGCCAUGGUCAAAAUUCUGGAACACAUUGGAGUUUACAACAAAAUCCUACCAUACGGCAACCGACUUCAUGGUCGCAUCAUCACCGUCAUCAACCGAAGUGAAGUUGUUGGACGACCUCUGGCGGCGCUCUUGGCUAAUGAUGGGGCCAGAGUGUAUUCAGUCGAUAUUGACGGCAUCAUGGAAUUCCAUCGUGGGGAAGGUUUGAAGCUGAAGAAGCAUGAGGUGUUUGAGACAAAAAUUACUUUGGAAGAAGCUCUUAAACUCUCCGACGUAGUCAUCACGGGCGUACCCAGUCCGAACUACCGCGUGGAUACGUCAAUCCUGAAGGAUGGCGUUAUCGCCAUCAACUUCUCCACAGCAAAGAACUUCAAUGACGAUAUAAAAGAAAAGGCCUCCAUCUACGUGCCUUCGGUCGGAAAGGUCACUGUGGCCAUGUUGGAGCGGAACUUGUUGAGAUUGUACGACUAUCAAACGCAAUUGUAAAUAAACAUUUAUCAUAUUUAAUAGAUUACUUUUUAAUAGA